AUACAGAAACAUACAUUUUAGAAUAAACAUAGCUUUUUAAAAAAUAAUAUCCUAAAUGUUUUUUUCUCCAUGAAGGUAAGUGCUGAUGGCAUUACAGUGCUACCAACAAUAUUUACUGUAGCUGGUAUAUUUAGGACACCUCAAGAAGUCAAAUGUCCUUUGCCCGAACCAGCUGUUCAACCAAGUUUACCAGGAGAAGGAAUAGUUUCAAGCGGUUAUCUAAUAUCGAUCAGUAAUGAUGGGGAGUUGAAAAGUGAAGAUAUGGUUAUAAUGAUUGUGUAUGAUUCUGUUUGUCAAGUAUGCAAUGCAUCAGAAGGUGAAUGCAACAUGAAGAAUAAUUCUUGCAAUAUAAACGGUCACUGUUAUGCAGCGUUUGAUGUAAAUAUGAAUGAUUGCUGUCAACAAUGUUUGCCAGAAAUCUCAAUCGACAGUUGGUCAGUGCGUCAAGAGGAUAUGGCUCCAACAGUUCUCACAUCUAACCCAU